AUUAAAUUAAAGAUGGAACUCAACUACUUUUCGUCCUCCAGCUCCAACAUACCCUUUAUCAUCAUCUUCCUCUCCCUAUCAACAAUUGCUUUCUCCUUCCUACUAUCCACAAUAGGAAAGCUGAUCAACAAAAAACCACUCCCACCAGGUCCAUGGAAACUGCCCAUCAUUGGGAGCCUGCACCAUCUAAUAGGUGAACUCCCACACCGCUCCCUCACAAGAUUAUCAAGAAAAUACGGCCCGCUGAUGCAUUUACAGCUCGGCGAAGUGCCCGCCAUCGUCGUUUCGUCCCCGGAGAUGGCGAAGGCCGUGACGAAAACCCACGACCUUGCCUUCUCCAACAGGCCAAAGCUCAUGGCCCUAGACUUGGUCUUUUACAAAUGCACCGACAUCGCCUUCGCCCCUUAUGGGGAUUACUGGAGGGAGAUGCGCAGGAUAUGCAUUUUGGAGCUGUUGACAGCCAAAAUGGUCAAAUCCUUCGGCUCAAUCCGGCAGGAUGAGCUUCGCAAACUCGUCUCCUCCGUUACCGCAUCGUCAUCAUUAUCGUCAUCGUUAUCGUCAUCGUUGUCUGUCGUGAACGUGAUGAAAAAGGUGAUGUGGUUUAACAGCUCGAUGACGUGUAGGGCCGCGUUUGGGAGAAUAAAGCUGAGCAGUAGAGAUAAGGAGAAGUUGAUCGCAAAGGUGACGGAGGUGCUGAGCUAUGCCGGAGGGUUUGACGUGGCGGACUUGUUUCCGUCCCGGAAAUGGAUCCCUUACGUGUGUGGGAGCAGGUCAAGGUUGCUGACACUGCACCGUGGGCUGGACAAAAUUUACGAAAGCAUGAUCGAAGAACAUGAAGAGAACACGACGUGCAGGUCAAAUGAGGAAGAAGAAGAAGACAUCGUUGAUGUUUUACUCCGAGUGGGGCAGGUUGGGGAACAUCGUUUGACUCGGGACAACAUUAAAGCUGUCAUCAAUGACCUAUUCUCAGCUGGGAGUGAAACAACUGCGACAACUGCAACUUGGGCAAUGUCCGAGUUGAUGAGGAACCGGUGUGUGAUGGAUAAGGCACAAGAGGAGGUCAGAAGCACCAUAAAUGGGGGAAAGACGACGGCAGCAACCUCAUUCGAUGAUGAUGAAGUGGAAAAGCUAACGUACCUAAAGCUGGUGAUCAGAGAGACUCUGAGGUUGCACCCGCCCAUCCCGCUCCUACUCCCAAGAGAAAGCAGCGAAGAAAUAGUGAUCGGCGGGUUCACCAUACCUCCCAAAACAAGAGCCAUUGUGAAUGCUUGGGCUAUCGGAAGGGACCCUGAGGUCUGGGAAGAUCCAGAGGCUUUUUGGCCUGAGAGGUUUAUGAAUAAUAAUAGUUCCGCUGCGGCGGUGGAGGCGGAUGUGCAUGGGAAUCAUUAUGAGUUGUUGCCGUUUGGGGCAGGGAGAAGAGUGUGCCCUGGGGUGCGCUUUGGGUUGGCUAAUGUCACCCACUCUCUGGCCGCUUUGUUGUACCACUUCGACUGGGAACUGCCUCCUGGAGUGACAACUAAAAACUUCGACAUGAGUGAGACCAUGGGGUUGAAGGCCACCAGAAAAAAGGAUCUUUGCUUGGUUGCCAGGCCAUACACCCAUUCUUCACUUCAGCAUCUCAUAGAGUGAUUGAUAUGAUCAAUCUUUAUUAUAUAUAUUCAUGCAUCCAUGCAUUUCCCUGCAUGGCCUCUAGAAGAAACCGAACUUAGAUGUAGCUAGUAAACCAAAUAUAAUUAUAUAUAUAUAGGGAGCGGUUCCGGUAAGAACGGAUCUUAUGAGAAAAAUGAGAACGAAUCUGGACCGGUGGAUUGAAUUAUGUGGAACUGAAUUGUGCAUUUGGUGAAACCGAAAUGUGCAUUAGAUGAAUUGAAAUGUGCAAAAUAAACAUUUAAACUCACAUGUGCAUAAGGUGAAACUGAAAUGUGCAGAAUAAAAGGUACAAAAAUAACAUCACAUCGUACUUUUUAUUCUGCACAUUUUAGUUUCAUCUAGUGCACAUUUCAAGUUCACCUAAUGCACAAUUUAGCUUCACAUAAUGUCACUACAUUGUAACCUUUGUGUUGCACAUUUCAAUUUCACCUAAUACACAUUACAGCUUCAUCUAAUGCACAUUGAAUUUCACAUAAAACAAAUCUAACGAUCCAGAUUCGUCCUCAUUUUUCUCAUAAGAUCAUGUUCUUAUUUGAACCAAAACCUAUAUAUAUAUAUAUAUAUAUAUAUAUAUAUAUAUAUAUAUAUAUUGUUGAAAAUGAUCCAACCUGAUCAUGCAUGGGUGCAUGGAUAUGUAGCAUUGGCUUCAUUGUUAUUUAUUCACUUAUUAUCAUUUGAAUAAGUCUAAAUGUUAUUACCUAUUGUUUAGGAAUCAUUAUCACUUAGUUGGUUAAGUUGUUGAGCACGUUUAAGUGUGGCUACAAAUUACGAAGUUGUUAUUUACUUUGUGUGGUUAAUAUUCCAUGUAAAAUGGCUAUAUUAAGCCUAUAUGGUUUUUCAUUCGAAAUAUUUGAGCUUUUGAUUGCCUUUCUUCUCCUUCUUCUUCGUGUAUAUACGUUCAUAGCAUUCUCCCACAUUUGGAAUCAGAGCAAGUGAUAGAUCAGUCCGAUAUACACAAAAGAAAACAAAGAAAAACACCCAAAUAUGCAAAGCUCAGCAAAUGGAAACUCAAUCAAUCAAUUCCCUUGUUUAAAGAGGUUAAUUAUCAUUUUUGGAGCUUGAAAAUGAAGAGCCUCUUCAAGUCACAAGAACUAUGGAGUAUGGUGGAGGAAGGGUUCGUUGAUGAUCAGCCUGAGGGGGCUGAUCAAGCCCUUCGAGAGAAAAGGAAGAAAGAUGCAAAAGCCCUUUUUCUCAUUCAGCAAGCUCUAGAUGAUGAUGUAUUUCCAUGCAUUGUUGCAUCCUCUAUCUCACACGGAGCUUGAAGUAUUCUCAAGCAAGAAUACUUAGGAGAUAAGAAGGUGAUCAUGGUCAGAUUGCAGUCUCUCAGGAGGGAGAUGGAGAACUGGUGUUAGUUUUCUCGCACUUAAAAAGAUUGUAGAAUAGUGGUGAAAAGUACAAGUAUCGUCUCCACAUGGACGGACAAAAGUGAAUUAAAGAUUAACUAAAUUAUGCGAUUAAAAAUAAAUAAAAUAAAUGUGUCGUGCGAGAUAUGAUUGGUUGCUGGAAAAUUAAACUAAUGCAGAUUAACGAAUAAAAAUAAAUUUCGUUUCUUCUUAAUUAACGACGAAGGGAACAAGGAUUGAUUCCGGGGUAACCAGAUUUCUG